AUGACCGUUACUCUGACUGAUAAGUUGUCUGAGCCAAUUGAGACGAGGCUCUUCAUCAACAACGAGUUCCGAGAGUCUGCGAACAAUAAGACAUUCGAAGUUGUCUACCCUUACACUCAAGAGGUCAUCGCAAAUGUCCAAGAAGCUGACGUCCAAGAUGUCGACGACGCCGUCUCCGCGGCCAAAGCCGCCUACCCAGCGUGGCGUGACCUAGGCGUCGAGAAACGCGGCGAAUACCUGCGCAAGGUCUCCAAGCUGUUCCUCGAAGCCAAUGAUGAGCUUGCUCAACUGGAAACUCUGUGCACCGGGCGACCGAUCUCACAAUUCUUUGACGCAAAGCUAUCGAGUGAGCGGUUCAGGUACUUUGCCGAUGGUGCCUGGAGUGUGCAGGGGACAGCGAGUACAAACACACCCGGCAUUCUGAGCAUGACAGUCAAAGAGCCCUACGGCGUGGUCGGACUUAUUAUCCCGUGGAACUUCCCACUCAUCAUGUUCUCUAUGAAAGUUGCUCCUGCUCUAGCAGCUGGGAACACGGUUGUAUUGAAAAGCAGCGAGAAGGCGCCCUUGACCUCCAUCUACGCCGCCAAGCUAUUCAUCAAAGCAAACUUCCCACCGGGCGUAAUCAACAUAAUCUCCGGCCACGGCACCUCAUCCGGCUCCGCUCUCGCCUCUCACAUGUCCGUCCGCUGCUUAAGCUUCACCGGCUCAUCCCUAACAGGCCAAAAGAUCCAAGCUGCAGCCGCCAAAUCCAAUUUGAAGCACGUACAUAUGGAACUAGGCGGGAAAUCGCCCGCCGUCGUUUUCUCAGACGCCAAUCUCGAAUCCGCAGCCGCCCAAACCCAAUUCAGCAUCCGAUUCAACAGCGGGCAGGUCUGCAUCGCCAACUCACGCAUUUACGUCCAGGAAUCCGUCGCGGAUGAAUUCAUCAAGCUAUUCCGCGAGAAAUUCGCUGCUAUUACUGCUGGCGAUCCGUUGGAUCCUAGUACCUCGCACGGUCCGCAGAUUGAUAAGCUUCAAUAUAAUCGUAUCCAGGAGUAUCUUCGUAUCGGAGAGAAAGAAGGAUCUCUUACCCUUGGUGGGGACGCGAACGAUGGGUUCUUCAUUAAGCCGACUAUCUUCGAGCGAGUGCCUGAAGAGUCGCGGUUGAUGCGUGAGGAGGUCUUCGGGCCUGUUGUGACUAUAAAUACAUUCCAGACAGAGGAGGAAGCUAUUGAGAAGGCGAACAAUACUGAGUUUGGGCUCUUUGCUUCUGUGUUUACGAAGGACUUGGAUCGGGCUUUGCGGAUGUCGAGGGCGCUGGAGGCUGGCGUUGUUGCUGUUAAUUGUACCAGUCCUUCUUCAAAGGAUGCGGCUUUUGGGGGGUAUAAGAUGAGUGGAACUGGUCGGGAAGGGUAUUUGUAUAGUAUCGAUAAUUUCGUGCAGACGAAGACUAUCUUGAUUAAGUCAGGAGAGAUGGGUGGGAUUUGGGGCUGA